UUCGAAUCCCUCCGAUUAGUACGUUUUGUGGACCGCGAUCGCUUAAAAUACGUGUAGUCCAUAGUCUAGCACGUGAACUUAUCGAUUUCACCGGCUUUUCAUAACUAAUUAAUAAAUACUUUAUCUUUAAAGUAUAAAUAUGUGUACAAAACUUACCUUAUCAUUAUAACAUAGUAUACCGUUGUAAAUAGCUAACGUGUAAGUGUAAAAGUGAGAACAACCAAGUUUAUGAUUACGUCCAUUUAAGAUUUUAAAUACCAAAAUAGUGCAACAUGGCACCAAACGUCACAGAUGCCAAUGGGGUGUUAUUUGAGAGUGACGCUGCCACUCCAGAUUUUGCUCUCGCCACACCACCUGUAGAAAAAGCAGACAAUUAUCCAAGAAUUUAUGUAUGGAGAAACAUUAUAGCUUUUACAUAUUUACACUUAGCAGCGUUGUAUGGAGGAUACCUGUUUCUAUUUUCUGCAAAAUGGCAAACAGAUAUAUUCGCCUACGUUUUGUAUGUGAUGUCUGGACUUGGAAUCACGGCGGGAGCUCAUCGACUAUGGGCGCACAAAUCCUACAAAGCUAAAUGGCCACUAAGGCUUAUCCUGGUUGCAUUUAAUACUUUGGCUUUCCAGGACUCUGCAAUCGAUUGGUCCCGCGAUCAUCGUAUGCAUCACAAAUAUUCAGAAACUGAUGCUGAUCCUCACAACGCAACACGCGGCUUCUUCUUCUCGCACAUUGGCUGGCUUUUAGUAAGGAAACACCCAGAAUUGAAGAAAAAGGGCAAAGGACUAGAUCUCAGCGAUUUAUAUGCUGAUCCCAUUCUUAGAUUCCAGAAAAAAUACUAUCUGAUACUAAUGCCCUUGGCUUGCUUUGUCUUGCCGACUAUCAUACCUGUUUACUUCUGGGGUGAAACAUGGAAGAACUCUUUCUUCGUUGCUACAAUGUUCCGAUAUACCUUCAUCUUAAAUGUUACCUGGCUCGUCAACUCAGCCGCACACAAAUGGGGACACAAGCCCUAUGAUAGGAAUAUCAAGCCUUCUGAAAAUCUCUCUGUCUCAUUGUUCGCACUCGGCGAGGGUUUCCACAAUUACCACCAUACUUUCCCCUGGGAUUACAAAACUGCCGAGCUUGGUAACAAUAGGUUGAACUUCACUACAAACUUCAUUAAUUUCUUUGCCAAGAUCGGAUGGGCUUAUGAUUUGAAAACUGUAUCUGAAGAGAUCAUCCAAAACAGAGUCAAGCGCACUGGUGACGGAACUCACCAUUUAUGGGGCUGGGGUGACAAAGACCAUGCUCCUGAGGAAAAGAAAGCAGCUAUAAGAAUUAACCCAAAGGAUGAUUAAGUUAAAAAUAUUUAUGUACGUAAAUUAAAUACAAGAACACUAUAUUAUGAUUUUAAAAUAUGCUAAUGACAUGUCAAAAACUUGAGGCUACAUUUGACUUUUUACAAAAACUUGACAUUUUCUGAUGAUUAUAACUAAUAUUUGAAACAAAGGAGAUUUAGUAUGUAACUAUGGGUUUAUUGAAAUUUAUAUUGAUGAAGAACCGUGGCUAUUGCUUGUAGUUGUUUUAUAAUAAUUAUCAUUUUAUUUUUGAAACAUUACAUUCAUUUAAACUUUAAUCAAGUUUAAAUGUAGUUUGCAAGACAAACUUGGGGCUACUUAGAAAUGUGAUAUUAUAUAUAUAUGGUAUUUAUCUUGAACAAACAUGUCUAAAAGAUGUGUCAAGAUAGGAUAUAAGCACUUAUAUGUAUUUGUUAAGUAAUUAUUGGCUGGUCCAUUUAAAUACCUAUUGUACGUUAUUUACUGAUAAAAAAAAAAGCCUACAAAUGUCCUUAAGACAACCAUAUUUAUAUGUAUUAAAGUUACUUUAGGUGAAUAGCCAUAUUAUAAAUAUAUUAUUGCCUGUUAAACACAUUAUGACGCCAUCUAUAGUUUUCCCGAGCUGUUUCGUUAGUGACAUGUAACACUCUUGUACAACUUAGCAAUUGUCAACAAUAAUGUUAUUCCAGAACGGAUAUCUUUCGUUGCCAUUGUACCUACUUAUAAUUUCUACGUGCUGCACAUUUCACAAUUUUCUAAAAGUUAUAUUAAAUUCAGCCUAUCCCAGUUGUAAUCAAAUCCUUCUAUAACAUGUUUUGUUUUUGUAUAUUAACAAUCUAGAAUAUCAAUUUGAUUGAUAAGUAUAGACCACACAUCAGUAUUAUCUACCACAUAUUUAUUAGUGACCACAUAAAUGUAUAUAGUAUAUAUAUUAACCAAUAAUAGAUUAUUGUAUUCUUUAUAUUUUUUUGCAUAAUCUUUGGGUACACAUAUUGUACAGUGCUUCAGAAUUCAGUAAUAUUUUUACUAAUUAUUGAUAUUUUUCGAUAUGAAAUAUAUUUAUUUUAAGGAUCGUAUGUGGUAUAUAAGAUAAAAAUAGAUUAUCUGCACAUUGUAAAUGCAUAGACUUAUAAAUUAUGACAAUAAAAUUGUCUUAUCCCGUGACAAUUGUGUGCUAUUUACAAUAUGCAUUGACUGAUGUGUAUAAGACUUGUGAUAUUUAGUGUGGAUACUGUAUCUAUUAUUAGAGAGACUGUGAGAUAUAAUAAAUUUUAUAUCAGUUAUCAAAUAACAUUCACACCUAUUUGUUUUAUAUUUAGAUUUAACUUACAUUUAAACAGACAUGGGUUCUGUGAGUUGUUAAUAUCUAAUUAAUUAACUAAAACCAUGUGCAUGCAUGUCCUAUGCUCAUUACGACAUAACAACUGUUAUUUGAUAUUUAUAAUAUUAAAAAUAAACGUUUCAAUGCAUCUUUAA